ACUUUAAGCUGUAAGUCCGUGUACAAAAAAAAUCAGGGACUUGCUGUACGUUGCCGUGUAUCGAGCCGGCCGGCUUUUGUGUGUUUGUGAGUUUUUUAAUCAGAUGACGGAGCAUUUUGAUUAGUAUAGUGCCUCUCCAUCCGAAACUGCUUCAGUUACGAUCCGCAGGUUCCAGUGAGUAGAAGAGAGAAACCUUCAGCAACGUGAAACCACGACGAUGGGCUUGUUUGGGAAUUUUAUCCUCAUCUUCAUUGGGCUGUGUGGCUUUUUGGGUGUGAGAGUUUACAAGCAAAAUUUUGGGCCACUGCCAAAGCCUGAUCUUGAUGCUGCUGCCUACUGGGGUCCAGGUGACAAAGCAACCUACAAGGAGGAUACAACUGUUCAUCCCUUCAAGAUUUCCUUUUCAGCUGAGGUUAUCAGCAAGUUGAAGACAAAGCUCGAGGAUCUCCCGGAGUACCAUCCACCCCUUGAGGGUGUCAACUUUGAGUAUGGCUUCAACAGCAAUCACCUCAAGCAGGUGAUCAAGUACUGGAAGGAUGGCUACUUGAGCAAAUGGGACCUUCGUCAGGCCUACCUCAACAAGUACCCACACUUCAAGACCAAGAUUCAAGGGCUAGACAUUCACUUUAUCCACGUAAAGCCCACAAAGGCCUCCGGGAAGCCCGUUCUGCCCAUUCUUCUCAUGCACGGCUGGCCAGGAUCAAUCGUUGAAUUCUAUUCGCUAAUUGAAAAAUUGCAAAAGAAUGAGGAUUAUGACUUCCAAAUGGUCAUUCCCAGUCUUCCGGGUUACGGCUUUUCUCAGGCUUCUGCCAAGACGGGUUUGGGACCUGCGGAGGUUGCUGUUAUCAUGCGAAACCUGAUGGUUCGUCUGGGAUAUCAAAAGUUCUACGUUCAAGGUGGUGAUUGGGGAUCUCUCAUUGGAUCCAAUUUGAUUACGCUCUUCCCUGAAAACUGUCUUGGCUACCAUUCAAAUAUGUGCGCUGCUAGGCCUCCAACGUUUGCAAUUAAAACAUUCAUUGCUAGCUUGCAUCCCUCAUACUUUAUCCCUGAGCAAUAUGUUGACUUCUUCUAUCCAUUCUGGUCUAAAGUAGCAUUCAUCCUUGAGGAAAGUGGCUACAUGCAUAUUCAGUGCACCAAACCAGAUACAAUUGGCACAACAUUGACAGGGAAUCCCGUAGGAUUGGCGGCCUACAUCUUGGAGAAGUUCUCAACGUGGACUAACUCAGAAUUCCGCAACCUCCCUGACGGAGGACUCUCAAAACGCUUCACAAUGGACGCAAUGCUGGACAAUGUGAUGAUCUACUACCUCACAAAUUCCAUCACCACCUCCCAACGUCUCUACUCCGAAGCUUUUACGUACAAGCAGAUGGGCCUCAACUUGGACAGAGUCCCAACACCCGUCCCAACUGGUUGCGCUCGCUUCAAGCACGAUCUUGCUCAAACAUUUGACUGGAUUCUCAAAGAUAAAUACCCAAAUUUGGUUCACAGCACCUACCACCCUGAUGGGGGUCAUUUUGCAGCCAUGGAGGUGCCCGAUGUAAUGUACAAGGACCUCAUGGACUUUAUCAAGAAGGUACAGAAUGCUGGUAAAACGAAACCCAACAAUGAAUUGUAGAGAACUUCCCUCCAGCUGUUUUAAUUUUUAAGCAAUAAAAUGGUUCGUUUUUCCAUAAAAGAAA